UUUACCCCAAAUCGCAACUAUUUAAAGCAAAAUUAACUUUUUCUUCUUGUGUGUGCUAGUGGUGGAGAAGUGGUUGGUAGCAGCAUUUGUUGCAUUUGACAUAAUAUUAAAAGAUAUGGGCCUAACAAGUAAUAGAAACAUUAUUAAAAAAAUAAAAACUUUAAAUGGGUGACAGCCUAAUCUUUUAUUUUUGUUUUUUUUUUCAUUGGAUUGUGUUUUUAAUAUUACAAAACCUCAACAAGAAAAACAUUAGCGAUUUUAUUAACCUAUUUUAGUUUCAAGAAUUUAAGGUGUCUAACCUCUUAUAUUUUGGUGAAACAUUGCCUAAAAUUAAUGUUUCGUAACAAAGAAGAGACUAAACAUCUGUGCUAACUGAGUCAUAGGUGUAGUUUUAAUUGGCAAACUCAGGUUGUUGAUCUGAUUACUUUAUGUUGCAGCAAUCAUACUUCUGCUUCUUUUUUGUCUUGAAAGUAGUAAUUCAUCUUUUAUAGACUAACUAAAACAUAUCCCAGGGAACCUUCUAUGUAGCAUCAUGGCAAGAAAUAAAAGUUGCUGUGAAAAAACUUGGGGAGGAAGUGACUGCUGAUCAGGAUAAAAUUCUUUUCAGAGAUGACCUUGAAUUGCUUCAGAAGAUACGACAUCCAAAUGUAGUCCAAUUUCUGGGUGCUGUAACACAAAGUACCCCAAUGAUGAUUGUGACAGACUAUUUACCCAAGCCCUCAACUUCAAUCUUUCUCUCUCUCUGAGGUUCGGGACAUUGUUGAUGCGGAAGGUCAAGAGGUACUUGACAUGUUACAAGUCGACAGAGCCAGGAACCAAAGGUCGCGGUGAUGGUGGGAAGUCGCUGAAGAAGAGUUGUAACUAUUACAGCGAAAUGAAUGAAGAGGAGAGGAAUGAAAAGAUGACAUCUGCCAUUAGCUACUGCAAGGGUGACGCAAAAGCAAAUGAAACUCUUAUUGAAGAGCCGGAGACUGAAGCCAAGGUUCUCGAUAUACCAAGCCCAUGCUCCAUGGAUAUUGAUUCUCAAACUAAUAAUCAGUUACCACAAGUAAUCACUUCAGAAGAAAUUUCAGCUGCUGCCUGUGAUGAUAAACCUGAUCGCUUGGAAAUUGCUCGGCUUUAUAAUGAGAAAUUAGAUGUCAAUGAACCUGCUCGUGAGCAAAUGGAACCUAGCACCACUGGUCAUUGGGAAGAAAAGAAGCUAGUCAGCAGAGAUGGCCAAGCAAAGCUCAAAGCCAAUGUCUUCUUCGCUUCCUUUGACCAACGCAGCGACAAAGCUGCCAGAAAAAGCGCAUGUACAGCACUGGCUGCAGUCAUUGCCAAUUAGCUUCAAUCCAACCAAGACAACACGCCAAUGAGGGCCCAAUUCGACAGGCUCAUAGUCGAAGGCUCCUCUGAAUGGAGAAAGCUCUGUGACAAUCAGGACUUGAUAAACCAAUUCCCCGACAAGCAUUUUGACAUCAAGACCGUCCUGCAAGCCGGACUCUGCCCAAUAUCGGUCUUACAUGAGAAGUCCUUCAUCGGAUUUUUCGGUCCGGAAAAGUUCGAGACUUGAAAGGAGUCAUGUCUUUUGAUCAGAUAUGGGAUGAGAUCAAGAAGAACGCAAAGGGUGACAAUGACAUGCCUAGGAUUUACAUAGUAAGCUGGAAUGAUCAUUUCUUUGUGUUGAAGGUCGACGUCAACGCUUACGACAUCAUCGACACAUUUGGUGAGCGGCUCUUUGAGGGUUGCAACCAAGCAUACAUUUUGAGGCUUGAUGACUCGACUUUGAUGCGCAGGAAGGUACAGAAAGAAGGGGUCAGUUUCGAUCAGUCAAGUGAGGACGAAAUUUGCAGUGGCAAAGAGUGUUGCAGAGAGUUCAUGAAGACAUUUCUAGCUCCUAUACCACUUAGGGAACUUGAAUUGGAAGAGAAGAAGGAACUGGUUUCUUACUAAGCUCUCCACCAGCAAUUACAGAUAGAAUUCAACUUCACCACGUCAUUAUCAUUAUCAUCGUCUUCAUCAGCUUCAUCUACCAAUUCAACUUCUUCUCUCUUCUCAAAUGAGAGUAUAAAUAGAUAAUUAAUGUAGAUUAUUCAUGUAUUCUGCGUUAAACUUUUAGGGGAGCAAACUGAGCGAUCCUCAUUGAUCAAUUAAAUGCAAUAAGGAGUCUGAGCUUCCCCCUUGUGGGAAGGUGAAGUUAUGAGCGUAUGACACUUGUACAUUGGGUCCAACCCCAAGUGACCAGGAGGCCACAUGGGAAACAUUCGUAUGAUCGACACUCAUAGAGAUGUAAUAUUUUCAAUCUAGAUAGUAAUAGUAGUUUGACAGUUAUAGAAUUU